AUGGAGACCGCUGUCCGCUGGUCACCGAGUUCAACAUUGGACGACCAGAGGUUUCUCUACGUCGAUAUACCCGGCAAGUCCUUCAAUUUAUGCAAGGUCACUUCUCGCGAUGAUGUCCUGGGGGCGUUGAAGUAUGAUGUUCUAUCCUCCCGACACUCAGUCCCUCCAUUUCGAGCAUUUGACUGGUCAUCAGCCGAUGAGAACUUAGCCGUUGUAGGACAGUCGUCGGGGGAGGCAGCAGUUCUCCGCUUAGAUGAUGAUACGCAGAGUCCUGUUGUUUUCCCCAUACGAAAUCAGAGAUCUUGCAAUGCUGUUGCAUUCAAUACACAGGGAUUGCUAGCUGCUGGGCUCGACAAAGUUAGGAAUGAUUUCAGCCUGAAUAUAUGGAAUGUGAAUCAGCGCCUUAGCUUGGGAAGCUCCGCUCGACCAUUUGGAUCCAGUCGGUAUCCUACAGAACCUCUCCGGAAGCUUGCCAGCUCAGAACCAAUUACAAGUAUCAAGUUCUUCAAGGAUCACCCAGAAACGCUAGUUGUUGGGGUUCGCGGCCAGUCAGUUAGGAUAUAUGACCUACGAGAGUCAUCUGGUAGCCCAUCACUGCAGUUCAUCACACGGUGUGUCCACAACAUAGCCAUAGAUUGGCUAGACGAGAACUAUAUUGCUGCUUGUUUCCCUUCGAAUGACGUCGCCAUUAGCAUAUGGGAUCGCCGUUCAGGAUUUCGCUACCCCACAGCCGCAGGUGCCGCAUCUGCUAGUGCGGAUUCUGGUCCUCUUUCUACUGCAUUGGACUUAAAACCAGAUAUAGAAUCCAACUCUACAAUCUCAAGUCUCCGAUUUUGUCGAUCAAAGCGGGGAUGCUUAGGAAUGCUUACCACAACCGGAACGUUUCGUUGCUAUGAUAUUGCGAAGGAGUAUCUUUCCGAGGAAAAUAAAUCAUCCUUAGAACAUGCCCUAGGGCAAGACUCGAGCAAACAUUACCCCGAGCAAAUAUAUACUAGGAAAGUGCAAGACUUCAGGCCCUCUAUUCUCCCUUCUGGCGGUGCUGCAAAGAAAGACUGGCAACGGGUUACUUCCUUCGAUUUUCUAAACAAAGGAGUGGUAUCUCAACCGGUUGCAAUAACUCUCUUGGCUGACAAGACUGUCAGCCUUUUUACUCCACCACCUCCGCCAUCCUCCACAGAUCUUUCUUCUAAGUGUUCUUUGAGUAUAGGAGGUCCAGUUUGCAGUGACUCGAGCCCUAUGGUUUUAAGGCCAUCAUCAGACUUAGGACUCACGGCAUCACAAAUUAAUUUUGGAAAAACUCCUAAUGUACUUUCGAGCGAAGAGGAACAUAGCCACCAAUCCACCUCGGAUCACCAAAUUGGCGAAACGGCUGAAACAAACCACGAAAAGCGAGAUAGUGCAUUUCCAACCGACGACACUCCCUCAUUUGAUGAUGCACUGUCAUGGCUAACCAUACCCCGCUUGAGAUGUAAAGAAGGAUAUCUGCUAGAUAGCGAGAAAAAUAAAGCUAUAGUAUCCGAUAACCACUCUCUACAAGAGUUAUGGGAUUGGAUUGGGCGCGUGUAUAGUGUUUGGAAUGGAAAGCUCGGACGAAGCUUUGAAAGCAGACGUGAUAGCUCAGAACUGGCUGAAGAACGAAGUAUAAGCCAGCUUUUCCAAGAAUUGGUACACAAGCUUAACUUCGCUCAAAGCAAAACCUGUGAAUCCGAGUUUCCUGAAAAACGUCAGCUUUGCCUUCAUAUAUGCGGCGCACCUGAGUCAAAUGAUGACCUUGUUAAUACGGUGAAUAAGCUCGUGGCAGAGAGGCAACAUUCCAAAGCCGCUGCCUUAGCUAUAUUCCAAGAUGAGGUGAAGUUAGCCUACAAGGCGCUAAGAGAGAAUAAACCUACCCAAGCACACAAAUUAUUGGCAAUGGCCAUCAUAGGAGGGUCAAAAGGGGACGCAGGGCCCGAUUGGGAAGAGACAUGUGCAGAAAUCGCAGCUGAACUCACAGACCCUUAUGCCAGGGCCAUACUAGCCAUGGUUGGCAAUAGUGACUGGAUGUCUGUAUUGCAAGAAGCAACCCUUCCGCUCAAGUACCGUGUGGAAGUGGCAUUGCGCUGGCUACCUGACGCCGAGCUCACGAGCUACUUGAGAGAUGCCUCUGUGCAGGCUAUACACCAGGGAGACGUUGAGGGUGUUCUGCUUACAGGACUUGAUCAUGCAGCGUUGGACUUGUUUCAAUCAUACAUUAACAAGUUCAAUGACGUGCAGACACCCGUCCUAGCGAUGUGUCACACGGUUCCACGAUUUAUAAGAGAUGCCCCGAGCAAGGCCCGGUUCGAGGCAUGGCGCGAAACCUACCGACACCAAAUGAACUCAUGGAAACUACAUCUGAACAGAGUAAAGUUCGAUAUCGAGUCGAGGAAACUUGCGAUAACAUGGGAAUCACGCAGGCUCGUGGAACCACCUCUCCAACAAAUUAGCCUCGUCUGUAACUACUGCACCCGCCCCCUUACACAACAGGACACUUCAAAUUCUGAGGUUGCCACUACGCCCACUGAAUAUUCCCACGCAACCCCAGGGAACCCAUUAGGUCACCCCUCCAUGAAUGGCACUGCAUGCCCCAAAUGCAACCGGCAUAUGCCUCGCUGCGGUAUAUGCUCGUUGUGGUUGGGGACCCCAGACCCGAUGUCCAAAGCAUCAAUCGCAGAAGAUUCGAAAAAGGCAGCAUCGACUACUCAGAGCCACGAUGAUAUUAUGAGACGGUUUGUAGCGUUCUGUGUCAACUGUAACCAUGGGUUUCAUGCAGAUCACGCGAGGGACUGGUUCAAUAAGCAUAAAAUAUGCCCUGUUGCGGAGUGUGGAUGCAUCUGUGAUCGUUAA